AUGGCGCAAGGCGCAGAGAAGCGCACUGCGCCAGACGUAGGUGCCGAUGCAGAACAACACUACAAGUGAGCGAACCUGGUGCAGGCUAUUCUCAAUCCGCUGACUCCGUUCAGGAAGCUCAAGACCGGCCAAGUCGUCGAAAUCCUCAUCGGUCAAGAGGUGGAUCCAGUAUUCGUGUCGGAGGAUACUCUUCGCAAGGCCUCUCGGUACUUCACCAAUGAAUUGAACACCGCAAACCAGUCCGGCAUUCAAGUCACUCUGGAAUUUCCAAACGAUGAUCUUGAAGCAUGGAAGAUCAUGCUGUACUGGAUCGAGCACCAGAAACUUCCCGAGAUCACGUAUGAGUGGGUGGGAGAAUCGCAGGAAACGAAAAAUACGCGCACUCUAUGUCGUUGCUGGCUCGUGGGAGAGAAGUAUCUUGUGCCGACUUUCCAGAACGCCAUCAUGAACGCGCUGCUGUACGCAUUCAACUUCAAAAGCGUCGCUCUAGACACGGUGAAAGAAGUAUUCUGCAACACUCGUCCUCAGAUGCCUUUGAGACGAGUCAUUGCAGAGGAGCUGGUAUACGCCACACACAUUGGGAAAAUCCACGGUGAUGAGCUCUUUGCGUUGGAUGGGGUCAUUGGACUGGGGAAGAGCUUGAUUGACGCCAAGGAUAAGCACGCUCAGACUUCUCGUCUUCGUGGUGCUCGAUUGGACGAGGGCACCUUACUUUGGAAGGAGUACAUGGUGGAGGAGGACUGA